AUGUCCUAUAAAUUGACUCUUUCAACUUUACUAUCUUCACUCAGAUGGUGUCCCCCACCAUCGGGUUUCAUCAAAUUCAACCCGUACUCUUCCUUUGUUUCCCCCCUCCUCCCUUCGGGUUUUACAGUAGUUGCCAGAGAUAGUUCAUCUUGUUGGAUUGAAGGAAGAUAUGGGUCUGUGUUUGCCCAUGAUGCUUUCGAGGGUGAGGUUUUGGGUAUCAAAGAAGCUCUUUCAUGGGAUACAGAGGCCCCGGCCCCCGGGAUACGGCCUAGGGAGGCAGGUGCUCUAAGGGACCGCUUGGAAGAGUUGAGAGAUGCAGUGAGGGAACUUCAAGGUUCUAUCAAGGAGAUGAGUCACAUGAAAGGUAGCAACAGAGUUGGGAUUAUGAUGAAUGAUAUAGAAACUUGGGUGAGUGCUGCAUUGACGGAUUCGGACACGUGUAUGGCUGGAUUUGAUGGAAAAAUCAUGGAUGGAAAGUUAAAGAAGGUUGUGAGAGGGAAGAUUGUGAACAUUUGCCAUCUUACUAGCAAUUCCUUGGCUUUGAUCAACUGUUAUGCUUCAUCCUUGCAGGGUUAA